AUGGGCCCUGGGACGGCAUCCGCGUCCUGGGGUUUGCAACUCGGCGUGGCGCUGGUCUUUCUGCUGGCCUCUGGCUGCCAGGGGCUGAGCCAUGAGGGCUGGCUUCUCCUGGCGCUCAAGAGCCAGAUGAUUGACAGUUACCACCACCUUGACAACUGGAACCCCAAGGAUCCAUCGCCGUGCGCGUGGAGUGGUGUCAACUGCUCCUCCUCCUCCUCGUCGUCGAGGCUAGCAGUGGUGUCUCUCAACGUCAGCAACAUGAACCUGUCGGGCACCGUCGGCCCCGGCAUUGGCGGUCUUACCGAGCUGACUAGCCUCGAUCUGUCCUUCAAUGAGUUCUCUGGUGCCAUCCCUCCGGACAUCGGGAAUUGCUCAAAACUGGUGUUGCUCAACUUGAAUAACAACAAUUUUGAUGGUACAAUCCCCCCUGAGCUUGGGAAGCUGGCCAUGCUGACCGGAUGCAAUCUGUGCAAUAACAGGCUCCAUGGUCCAAUACCUGAUGAGAUUGGUAACAUGUCAUCACUUCAAGACUUGGUGGGGUACAGUAACAAUCUCUCCGGUUCUAUACCGCAUUCGAACAAGUUGGAAGGGCCUUUGCCAAAAGAGAUUGGGAGAUUGGGUCUCAUGACAGACCUCAUCCUGUGGGGAAAUCAGCUUUCUGGCCCCCUUCCUCCAGAGAUCGGGAAUUGUACAAAUCUCAGGACUAUUGCCCUUUAUGAUAAUGAUCUGGUUGGUCCUAUACCUGCAACAAUUGGGAACAUUACUUAUCUUGAGAAGCUGUAUCUUUACAGGAAUUCGAUAAAUGGUACCAUUCCAUCUGAAAUUGGGAAGCUUUCUUUUGCAGAGGAGGUUGAUUUUUCAGAGAAUUUCUUAACGGGAGGGAUACCAAAGGAGUUGGGCAACAUACCAGGGUUGUAUCUACUCUACCUCUUCCAGAAUCAGCUUACUGGCUUUAUUCCUAGUGAGUUGUGUGGAUUGAGGAACUUGAGCAAGCUUGAUCUUUCGAUCAAUUCACUCACUGGCCCGAUUCCAGCCGGAUUUCAGUACAUGACCAAGCUAAUCCAGUUGCAACUCUUCAACAAUAUGCUAUCAGGGGACAUACCUCCAAGGUUUGGCAUUUACAGUCGACUGUGGGUGGUGGAUUUCUCAAACAACAACAUUACAGGGCAGAUACCUAGAGAUCUUUGUAGGCAGUCAAACCUUAUUUUGUUGAAUCUGGGGUCUAACAAGUUGACUGGAAACAUACCUCACAGAAUCACCAGCUGUAAAUCCUUGGUGCAGCUUCGUCUCAGUGACAACAGUCUGACAGGAAGCUUCUCCACUGAUCUCUGCAAUCUGGUGAAUUUGACAACAAUCGAGCUGGCUCGAAACAAGUUCAAUGGCCCUAUUCCUCCUCAGAUAGGGAACUGCAAUGCUCUGCAGAGGCUUAACCUUGCAAAUAAUUAUUUCACAUCUGAGUUGCCCCGAGAAAUAGGGAAAUUGUCAAAGCUUGUCGUCUUCAAUAUCUCAUCUAACAGGCUAGGAGGAAGCAUACCACUGGAGAUCUUCAAUUGUACAACAUUGCAGCGUCUUGAUCUCAGCCAGAAUAGCUUUGAAGGUUCAUUGCCAAAUGAAGUUGGUAGACUGCCUCAACUGGAGCUUCUCUCGUUCGCUGAUAAUAGGCUAUCUGGGCAGAUGCCACCUAUUCUUGGUAAACUUUCACAUUUGACAGCACUGCAGAUUGGUGGCAAUCAAUUCUCUGGUGGAAUACCAAAGGAGCUGGGGCUGCUCUCAAGCUUGCAGAUUGCCAUGAAUUUGAGCUAUAAUAAUCUCUCUGGGAAUAUACCAUCAGAGCUUGGCAGUCUUGCAUUAUUGGAAAGUUUGUUUCUCAAUAAUAACAACCUGACAGGUGAAAUCCCAGAUACAUUUGUAAACCUGUCAAGUUUGCUUCAGCUCAAUGUCUCGUACAAUAAUCUCACCGGUACUCUUCCCCCUGUGCCGCUUUUUGACAACAUGGUUGUGACCAGCUUUAUUGGAAACAGAGGACUCUGUGGUGGACAACUUGGCAAGUGUGGAUCUGAGUCACCCUCCUCUUCCCAGGCAUCCGACUCGGUCAGUCGUCCUAUGGGCAAGAUCAUAGCAAUUAUUGCCGCCAUUAUUGGAGGAGUAUCACUUAUUCUUAUUGCCAUACUUUUGCACCAUAUGAGGAAACCAUUAGAAACAGUAGCCCCUUUGCAAGACAAGCAAAUUCUAUCUGCUGGGUCUAACAUUCCUGUUUCUGCGAAGGAUGCGUAUACAUUUCAGGAACUGGUCUCUGCUACAAAUAAUUUUGAUGAUAGUUGUGUCAUUGGACGGGGUGCUUGUGGGACUGUGUACAAAGCCGUCCUGAAGCCUGGGCAGAUAAUUGCGGUAAAGAAGUUGGCUUCAAACAGGGAAGGAAGCAACACGGAUAACAGCUUCCGUGCGGAGAUCAUGACUCUUGGAAAGAUAAGACAUCGUAACAUUGUGAAGCUGUACGGUUUCAUCUAUCACCAGGGUGCAAACCUUUUGUUGUAUGAGUACAUGCCAAGAGGCAGCCUUGGAGAGCUACUUCACGGAGAAUCUUCUUCUUCACUCGAUUGGGAGACACGCUUCACGAUAGCCCUUGGGGCAGCUGAAGGGCUUUCAUACUUGCAUCAUGAUUGCAAGCCUCGGAUCAUCCACCGUGAUAUCAAGUCAAAUAACAUUUUACUUGAUGACAACUUUGAAGCUCAUGUUGGUGACUUUGGGUUGGCUAAGGUAAUUGACAUGCCAGUCUCAAAGUCUAUGUCUGCAAUUGCUGGUUCAUAUGGCUAUAUUGCACCAGAGUAUGCGUACACCAUGAAGGUGACUGAGAAAUCUGACAUAUACAGCUAUGGUGUCGUGCUGUUGGAGCUGCUAACCGGCCGUGCGCCUGUGCAACCGAUAGAAUUGGGAGGUGAUCUGGUAACAUGGGCCAAAAAUUACAUCAGGGACAAUUCUCUGGGUCCAGGGAUAUUUGACAGUAAUCUUGAUUUGGAAGAUAAAGCCGUCGUCGAUCAUAUGAUCGAGGUCUUGAAAAUUGCUCUGCUAUGUAGUAACCUGUCGCCCGGCAGUGAACUUCCUCAAGGUGCCUCCAGGGUCACUCUACUCCACCGAACAAGCCACACCCGUCAGAGGUCAGACCACUACCAAUCUACCAUGGCAGCAGAGGAAGCAGGGAGCCGGGACCCGCACGUCGUCCUCUUCCCCUUCCUCGCGCGCGGCCACAUCCCCGCCUUCCUCCGCCUCGCCGGCCUCCUCCACGAGCUGCGCCCGGGCAUCACCGUCACCCUCGUCUCCACCGCGCGCAUCCUCGAUUCCAUCUCCCUCCCGCCCACCAACCCUCCUAUCCGCCUCCACGCGCUCCCGUUCGCGCCCGCGGACCACGGCCUGCCUCCCGGCGCCGACUCCCUCGCCGACCUCCACUUCUUCAACGCGAUGCUGGUGGUGGAGUGGGGCGUCUGCGUGGAGGUGGCGCGGGGGAACAUGGAGAGCUCGGUGGUGGCGAUGGGGGCCGUGGCCGACGCCGUGGGGACGGUGAUGGGGGAGACGGAGAAGGGCGGCGAGAUGAGAAGGAAGGCGGAGGUGAUCGCGCGCGCGAUGGCGGCCGCUUGGGAGGGACCGCGUGGGUCGUCGGCGGUGAGCUUGGAGGGGUUCCUCGGAUGCGUUGAGAUUUGA